AUGUUCUCUCUGCGGACGGCGCAACCCGCGCAGUCUUUGCUCCGUCGCGUUGCGGCGCCGACUUCCUUCCGUUCCUCCAUCCCGGCAAGAUCCUUUGCUAGCGUUCAGUCCGAUAUCUUCAAGCCCACUAAGUAUGGCGGCAAAUACACCGUCACUCUCAUCCCAGGUGACGGAAUCGGUGCCGAGGUUGCUGAGUCGGUCAAGACUAUCUUCAAGGCCGACAAUGUUCCCAUCGAGUGGGAGCAGGUAGAUGUUAGCGGUGUUGACACCGGUAACAAACACUCGGAAGAGCUUUUCAAGGAGUCCAUUGCUUCUCUGCGCCGUAACAAGCUGGGUCUGAAGGGUAUCCUCUUCACCCCAGUUGAGCGCUCCGGCCACCAGUCGUUCAACGUUGCUCUCCGUCAGGAGCUGGAUAUUUUCGCCUCUAUCGUCCUCAUUAAGAACAUUCCCGGCUACAAGACCCGUCACGAGAAUGUUGAUCUUUGCAUUAUCCGUGAGAACACCGAAGGUGAAUACUCUGGUCUCGAACACCAGUCCGUGCAGGGUGUCGUGGAGUCCCUGAAGAUUAUCACUCGCGCCAAGUCCGAGCGCAUUGCCAAGUUUGCCUUUGGUUUCGCUCUUGCCAACAACCGCAAGAAGGUUACUUGCAUCCACAAGGCCAACAUCAUGAAGCUUGCGGAUGGCCUUUUCCGCAGCACCUUCCACAAAGUCGCCGAGAACUACCCGACUUUGGAGGUUAACGACAUGAUCGUCGACAACGCCUCCAUGCAGGCUGUUUCUCGCCCCCAGCAGUUCGACGUUAUGGUUAUGCCCAACCUGUACGGUGGCAUUCUCUCCAACAUUGGAUCUGCCCUUGUGGGUGGACCUGGUGUUGUCCCUGGUUGCAACAUGGGCCGUGACGUUGCUGUGUUCGAGCCAGGCUGCCGUCACGUUGGUCUUGACAUCAAGGGCAAGGACCAGGCGAACCCUAGCGCUAUGAUCCUUUCUGGAUCUAUGCUUCUGCGCCACCUGGGAUUGGACGACCAUGCCAACCGCAUCUCCAAGGCCGUCUAUGAUGUGAUCGGUGAGGGGAAAACGAGGACCCGCGACAUGGGCGGACAGGCUACCACCCACGAGUUCACCAGGGCAGUCCUGGACAAGAUGGAGGCUGCUCUGUAA